UGCUGGAGAGCAGAGCAGGAGAGGGGAUAUACCGAAGGACGGAAUCACCCACUGUGCUCUUCUCAAACAGAAACUGAAGUUCAGAGGACCCACAGGGAUCAACGUCCAGCCCGCACCACAUUUCCGCUAGAAGGCUGAAGCACGAGGGGCGCGAUGUUUCGCCCCAGGGCCCGCAGGGAGGUCCAGGCAGAGCCGGAACUGGGAUGGGAGUCCCGGCUGGGGGCCCUCUCCGCCCCCCGCCCCCCACCCCGCCCGCGCCUGACAGUGCCAGGGUGGGGGGAGCGCCCCCGCCCGCACCUCCGGAGGCGGCGGCCCACGCGGCCCCAACAAGCUGCCGUUGUCCCGCGGGCGCUGGGCCCGGCACACUGCGGCUUUGUCCAGGCCCCCGCGGCGACCCACGGAGGGGGGGCCCCACAUGACCGAGGGGGUAGGAGGAGCCUGCGGCGGCGGCUCCACCGUCAUUUCCCUCCCGGGCCGGGGUCCGCUGGCGGCGGCUGCGGCUGGGCAGGCCUGGGCGGGACCGCGGACGCCAGGCCCCCUGUUCCCCGCCAGGCUGCAGGCGCCGGGCCCGAGCUGUCAGCGGAGCGGUGACCCGAACGCUCUCCGGGAGGCGAGCUGGGGGUGCGCCCGGACCCCCGCCCCCGGGAUCAUGGGGAAUGGCAUGACGAAGGUACUUCCUGGACUCUACCUUGGAAACUUCAUUGAUGCCAAAGACCCAGAUCAGCUGGGCCGGAAUAAGAUCACACACAUCAUCUCCAUCCAUGAGUCACCCCAGCCUCUGCUGCAGGACAUAACCUACCUUCGCAUCCCAGUGGCUGAUGCCCCUGAGGUACCCAUCAAAAAGCACUUCAAAGAAUGUAUCAACUUCAUCCACUGUUGCCGCCUCAAUGGGGGAAACUGCCUUGUGCACUGGCAAAGGGAACAGCAUGGGCAAAGACCUGAAAAUGUGGGAAGACAGGUCAUGGCAGGUUCCUUAUGGCUGGAGCUCACGAGACAAAGCUUUGCAGGCAUCUCCCGAAGUACAACCAUUGUGACGGCAUAUGUGAUGACAGUGACGGGGCUUGGCUGGAGGGAUGUGCUUGAAGCCAUCAAGGCCACCCGGCCCAUCGCCAACCCCAACCCGGGCUUCAGGCAGCAGCUUGAAGAGUUUGGCUGGGGCAGUUCCCGGAAGCUUCGCCGGCAGCUCGUGGAGCGCUUCGGGGAGAGUCCUUUCCGCGACGAGGACGAGGUGCGCGCGCUGCUGCCGCUGAGCAAGCGCUGUCGGCAGAGCCCUUCGACCCCGGCCGCCUCGCCCGCGCCGCACUCCUCCGCGUCGGAGGGGACCCUGCAGCGCCUGGUGCCGCGGGCCGCCCGGGACGCCCACCGGCCGCUGCCGUUGCUAGCGCGCGUCAAGCAGACUUUCUCUUGCCUCCCGCGGUGUCUGACCCUCAAAGGCGGCAAGUGAGGAGCCGGCCGCACUCUCCUGCCCCUCCGACUGGUCCCCUUCGAGGGCUGUCUGGACCUCCCAGGUCUCCGGGACAGGUCCAGAGCCUUGGGAGCCCCGCGGCGGCCAGAUCCCUGCCCCUGCCCCCGAGGCCCGCCUCGCUUGUCUUGCGUCUGCAGUGUGUACUGCGUCUGUGCGUCUCUGUGUCUGGGCUGGCCUGCUGCAGCCACCAGGUGCCUUAGUCCUGGGGCAGGGAGAGGGGCACCCGGGUCUCUACCCUUUAAAGGCAGCGGGAAUGGGAGGGGGUCGGUGAGUGGGGACUGGAAUGGGCCUGGGGGAUAUUAAAGAGAUACAGAAGCUG